GGAAGGUUCAAUCCUCGCUAACGUGCCUCUCAUAUUCCCCGAGAUCGAUUACGCGGCAGGUACCUACUAAUUACAACCUAUUGCAACUAUUGCAUACCUGUCUCCUACCUACCUAUCCAUCCAGGCCGUUUUUUUCAUGUGAUUCCAUUAUAUACCUACCUACCUUACUUAUCUAUCCUCAGAUUACUCGGCGCCCGGCGAACUGCCUCCUCUUUGACAACCCAGACUUGUGCUUCCGAUACCCAUCCCAUUGCUCCAAACGCCCCCCUUCUUGAUCCGUACCUGCGCACCAAGCUGACGGUGUCGAUACCUCCCAUCCGCGUCCGCCAUGUGGCGAGACCGCACCAACCUCUACAUAUCCUACCGCCAGUCUUACGCUCACCACCCGGCCAAGAAGAAGCGCUACUUCGGUCCCGGCCCCGGCGGAAAUGGCAUCUCGGAAUUCGGCCGCGGUAGCGGCAGCGGCGGUGUCACCGCCGAGGACCAGCAGGGCCUGCUCUCGGGCGCCGACUACGACGACGGCGACGCGGUGAUCGAGAUGGACCUCCUGCCCCCGCGCUGGGCCGACAUCAACGCCGAGGUAUCGGACCUACUCGCCGACGUGGCCCAGAAAUCGCAGACACUUGAGCGGCUACACCAGAAACACGUGCUACCCGCCUUCAACGACGAGGAUGCCAAGCGCGCCGAGGAGGGCGAGAUCGAGCGCCUGACCCAAAACAUCACCAAAUCCUUCCACGAAUGUCAUAGGUGUAUACAGCGUGUGGAGCAGAUGGUGCGCGAAAGCAGGCAGAAUGGUACGAUGACGAGGGCUGAGGAAACGAUGGCCAAGAAUAUACAGACAAGCCUCGCGGCGAGGGUACAGGAGGCGAGCGCCGGCUUCAGGAAAAAGCAGAGCGCAUAUCUGAAAAAGCUCCGUGGCAUGUCUGGCCUGGGCGGCGAGCGGGCCUCGACACCCCUCAGUGCCACAUUUCCGAGCAGUAGCAACUACGCGGCGGACCCGUCCCUCCUCGAGUCUGACGCAGACCGGUCAUACUCGCAGUCGGCGCUGCAGCAGACUACGCAUCAGCGGCUGCUGCACAGCAACGACGCCGUGAUCGCGCAGCGCGAGCGCGAGAUAGAGGACAUCGCCCAAGGUAUCAUCGAACUUUCCGACCUCUUCCGCGACCUCCAGACUAUGGUCAUUGACCAGGGGACCAUGCUCGACCGUAUCGACUAUAACGUCGAGCGUAUGGCCUCCGAAGUCAAGGCUGCUGACAAGGAGCUUGUUGUCGCCGCCGGCUACCAGAAGAAGACCACCAAACGCAAGCUCAUUCUCCUACUUCUCCUGCUUAUCGUCGGCGCUAUCAUACUCCUCGUCCUGAAGCCGAAGAGGCAUCGCGGCGGUGGUAGCGAUAAUGGUGGAGGUAUUAAUGACGACGGGAGUGGCUGAGGGAGCAUUUAUCCCUGUUUUUCUCUUCUUAUCGCGGCUAGAUGCGAAGGUGUAUUAAAAGACAUACGGCUUGGAUCACGUCUCUGGGCUCGUCAUAUUAUAGACGUCGAGUAACCGAGGGCGGUUGAUACUCAAACCUAACGAGAUGCAUGUAAACAACAAGAGUUAGCUA